AUGACGCACGGGGGCUGUCUUCGUAAUGUCCCGACAAGAUUGAGUACCGAUUACGCUGACGAUGGCGUUUUCUUUUACGCGUCUAUCAAGACGGCAGACAUAGAGGUAUAUGGUCUGCUCUCUGCUGCCGCUCUUGGCCUCGUUUUUGCCGCCGCAACGUCUCUCAUCCAGCGAUAUAGACAAACCCCGUCUACCGGGCCGUCGCUGCCCCCAACCAUCAUGCUAGAAGCUACAUUAGCUGCAGACCGAUAUUCCUCCUCCAUAAUAUCCUCGGUCAUUCACUUCACGCUCCGUCGGUUGCACGCACUAUUCUCCAUCCACCACGAGAUCGUACACGACGUUUUCCAUAUCGAGAAGGUCUUCUUCAAGCAAAAUGAAGCGUUCGACAUCCACCCAAUAAGCACUUCGAUGCUACGACGAAUCUUUAGGUGCAACUUCAUAGGCAUUGUCCGAGAUGAAUGUAUUGAGGUAGUUGAUGGUUUCAUGAAAAUUGUCGCGCGAGAUUUUCUCAAUGCCGAAGUGUCUUCGCUGAUCAUUUUCUCAGAAAAUACUGAUCUACAAAAUCCUUGGGAACAACUCGCAUACACGAAAGUGCUACGCUUAGAUCCCACAUACCCAGGGCAUGUUGUGGAGGCCGAUCUCGAGAGCCUCUUGAGAGUACUCAGCUUCCACAUUUCCAUCCCACUAGUGUAUGGACACGACUAUCUUGAUCGGAAUCCAUUGGCGCUGUGGGAUUGGGACUGCUUUGGAGGGCAGACUGCGCUUCUCGCGCUUGGUGUUCCUACAUGGGUGCCAAUUCCCUCGUUCCGACGCCGCAUUGUAGCCAGAGACAGGCUGGUUGACUCCAUUUCUUCUGUUUACCGUCGUACGAGGCAAUAUCGCAACGGAGAGGCUGUUGACUACGGCGCCGACAUGCCUGAUGUGAGUGAAACUGCAUUGGACAGAUACCAGGUGUUCGAUCGCCACGGCCUUCCAGCUGAAAAUAUUGGCCACAUCGAGUUUUCUCUCCUCUGGGCACAAAAUCAAAACACACAGCAGUUGCUGUUUUGGUACAUAUUCUAUAUAUACUACGUUCCCGGCCUGCUAGAUUCUCUACGGCAAGAACUUGCGUCUUCUGGGGUCCUGUCAAUAUCGGCCGAUGACCCUCCUCGGAUAACCAGGCUGCACAUUGGUGUGCUGGGAAAGCAAUGCCCACUCCUGAAGUCAACCUUUCUUGAAUCGUUUUGGGUAACAGAGGAAUCGAUCAUGUUUCGGCGAGUAACGGAGAAGCUAACACUGGAUGACGGCAAAGACCAAUAUCAGCUACGCCUGGGAUCCUGGCUAUCCGACUCCACGGCCCUAACCAGGCACCAUUCUUGGAUCUACCCACGGCCUCUUGAGUUCCUCCCGGACAGAUUUGUAGAAGGAAGCACAGCGAGCUACAAGACUCUGAGACCAUGGGGCCUGGGCCUGACCAUGUGCAAAGGUCGCACCUUUACAGAGAAGAAAGUGUUGGCUGUCGCAGCUAGCAUGAUCGCAUUGUGGGACAUUGAGCAGGCUGUAGGGGAAUGGCAACACCCUAGCUUUCGAACUGGUGCCACUAUCUUGGAUCCCGCCUCAAAACUACGCGUACGUAUUAAGCGACGUACAUUAGACUAA